AUGUCAAGCUUUGAGCCGAGAUUCGACUUUGAAGAAGGAUGGAACUAUGUACAGAAACGCAUCAACAAGCUCCUGAACAAUCUAGAAGCCUUACCUGAUACUCACUUCAGUUCUGAGGAUAACAUAAUGCUAUACACAAACGUCUUCAAUAUUUGUACCGGUGCUCAAUCCGGAUGCGUGUAUGAAAAGUACAAAGAAGUGAUUUACGACUGCAUUAAAUCAACUGUUUUGCCAUCUUUGCAAGAAAAGAAAGAUGAACUCUUGUUAAGAGAAUUGCUGAAAAGAUGGUCUAAUCAUAAAACUCUGACGAAUCGCCUCUCAAAGUUUUUUCUGUAUCUUGAAACUCACCAUCUCAAAAUGCAUUCUCUUCAAGAAACUAGCUUCUUAUGCUUCUAUGAUUUGGUUUACGAUAAAUUGAAUAGACAGGUGAAGGAUGCAAUAUUAGCAAUGAUUGAUCGGAAACUUGUUGGAGAGACUAUUGAUGAAACAUUGUUCAAUAAUAUAUUGGUGUUCUAUUCAGAGAUAGGAGAAAAGACAAGAAAAGAAGAACCAAUACAAUUUGCAGAAACAAUGAUGAUGAAAGCUAAUGGAACAUUCUACAAUGGUGAUGAAAGCUAA